AUGGAGUACAGCUUGAUGCUUCAAGUCACAGUAGCUUUGCCGAGCGGCAAAAGGAAAUGUCUUACGGUCCCGCAGUCCGCCACAGUGAGAGAUCUGAAACUUCUCGCCCAAACCACUUUUUGUCGAGGAGUUUUGCGGCUUGUGUCAGCGGCAGGGCAAGUCCUGCGCAACCUUGAGGAACCUCUGCAAACUGCGGGGGUGCAAGAAGGGGACUGCCUUACUGCCGUUGCACCUCCAGCAAACAUAGCCGCAACUCGAAAAGUAUCCAUGUAUACAAACGAGGGAGGAUUUGCUUUGUGGUGCUGCGGAGGCGACCAUUUGAUCUCAUGGGGAUCUGCAGAUGUUCAGGUUGAGGACGUCUUUGAGGAUGUGCAAAAGACUCAGGCGACAUGUGUUUCCUUUGCUGCCUUGCUGUCGGACAAAUCGGUGGUCGCGUGGGGUUGCAUACGUGAUGGUGGUGACAGCUCUGAAGUAGAAGAUGAGUUGACAGAUGUACAGCAUAUUCAGGCAACUAUCAGUGCUUUUGCUGCCAUACGGUCAGACGGAUCGGUUAUCACUUGGGGCAGCCCAUUUGAGGGUGGUGACAGCUCCCAAGUGCAAAGUCAGCUGAAGAAUGUGCAGCAUAUUCAGGCAACUCAAACAGAUUUUGCUGCCAUACUGUCGGAUGGAUCAGUGGUUACUUGGGGCAACCCAUAUCAUGGUGGUGACAGCUCUGAAGUGCAAAGUCGGCUCCGGAAUGUACAGCAUACUCAGGCAACAUCCGGUGCUUUUGCUGCCAUACUGUCAGAGGGAUUAGUGGUUACUUGGGGGGAUUCUGAUUGUGGUGGCGACAGCUCUGAAGUGCAAAGUCGGCUGAAGAAUGUACAGCAUAUUCAGGCAACUGAGCAUGCUUUGGCUGCCAUACUGUCGGAUGGAUCAGUGGUUACUUGGGGCAACCCAUAUCAUGGUGGUGACAGCUCUGAAGUGCAAAGUCGGCUCCGGAAUGUACAGCAUAUUCAGGCAACAUUCGGUGCUUUUGCUGCCAUACUGUCGGAUGGAUCAGUGGUUACUUGGGGCAACCCAUAUCAUGGUGGUGACAGCUCUGAAGUGCAAAGUCGGCUCCGGAAUGUACAGCAUAUUCAGGCAACAUUCAGUGCUUUUGCUGCCAUACUGUCGGAUGGAUCAGUGGUUACUUGGGGCAACCCAUAUCGUGGUGGUGACAGCUCUGACGUGCAAAAUCGGCUCCGGAAUGUACAGCAUAUUCAGGCAACAUUCAGUGCUUUUGCUGCCAUACUGUCGGAUGGAUCAGUGGUUACUUGGGGGGGAUUCUGA